AUGGCGACAAUCCCCGACACUCUGAGAGCCGGCGCUCAAGAGAUGAAUCAAUGGCCAAGGAGAGCCAAUACAGCCCAUUUUCCCGACGUUAUGGAACUGGUACCCGUCAAGAGAUUUCCUACGAUGGAGACAGCUAUAGCUAGCCCUCUCGUAGCGACAACAACCUACCGUAUCAUAACCAUGCCCAUGACCGACAACCCAUUUACGACGGCCGCUAUACGGCUCGGGACCACUACCAUGACGACCGACAGCCCAGCUAUGGCAUCCGCCGCAGCUCGGAGGGGUAUUACCAUCGUGACGGCCGACAACCCAGUCUGGAGAGGAUCUACUAUUAUGAGGGCCGAGUCCCUUGCUAUGUUGGCGGUCGCGAUACUGAGCUCGACUACUACCAGUAUGGUGACCAUGAUCAUCCCCAUGACGGAGGGUACUAUGGCGAUGGCCAUUGGGCACACAACUCCUAUGACCAUGCCGACCAGCGCGAGCACUCACCCAUUUCUCCGCACGGAGAUCGCCGUCGCCUCCGACUCCGCGAUCGUCCCUAAGGAGUUGCAACACCACCUAGGCUAG